UGGAAUAAGAGUGGCUAAACUCGUUCCCCGUUGAAGCAGUGGAUUUGGGGAGAGGGGAGCCCCAAAGUGGUCAGGAUCCAGCUGCCACUCAACCAUGGGUUUGCGUAGGGGGACUGGAGUUGGUGGGGGCACCCCUGGGCUGUUACUGACUUAAGCAAUGGAAUUUGGGGGGCUGGGGCAGGGCCUGGGAGGACCCUGCUUUUAUCUCCCCCUCCAACCAAAAAUCUCCCUCGCUGUCUGCGCUGCUCAAAGAUUGAAGCGGGAGCUUUGCAUUCCCUGCCCCCGGGCGGCUCCGCUCUGUGCAGGCACCGGCGAUGAAAGCGGGACUGGCCUUGCCGCUCUCCUCCCACCCGUACUGAAUGCAAGCGGUGCCCCCUAGCGUCCAUGGUGGGACUGGCAGCAGCUGGUCCAGGCUUCCCCGGCAGAGUUUUCCUGGCAGCCUGAGCAGCGAGAGAGACGUCAGACCAGCAGCUCCCCAGCUCGCUGUCUCCUCUCCUCUCUGGCACUCACAUACCUGCGCUACCUCUCCCUUUCCUCCUCCUGCUUCUUUGCCUUUCCGCGCCCACCCAUCCCCUCUGUCCCCCUCCCGCCUUGGCAGCUGCCUCCCUUCUCAGACAGGGAGUGGGAGCGGGGUACACGGUGUGUCCCGGACCCCUUGCUCCUUCCCAAGGGGAUGUAAAAGGCUUCCAGAAACCUGACUCGCCGGAGGAAGCUCUCUCCGCGGCUGGGCUGGAGCUGCGGCUGCUGCGGCAUGCCCUGCUCCGGGGGCUGCUGCAGAAUUAGGAGACCCUGGGAGGUUCUGCGCGGGGGGAUCUGCCUUUGAGAGACUUGAGCUGAAAUCAGCAAAGAGAGGACAUGGCACUUUAGCAGCAAAGCAGCCCGGGGCGUUGUGAUGAAAGCAGCGCGGCUCAAGCCAGCGGGACCCUUGACGAGCCUGGGCUUUUCCAAGGAACACUGGAUGUUCUGAGCUGAUCUAGCGAAAAUGGGACAAAUAAUUUGACAUCUGAAGCUUUUCUCAAAUGGAGGAAUUUUGAACAGGAGCCAUUAACAUCUAGAAGUGGCAGCCUUUUUCUCUGUGCAUCCUGGGGCGGGGGGGAGGGGGGAAUGAAUUUCACAAACUGCACAACAGAAGCCAGCGUGGCUGUCAAACCCAAAACAGUCACCGAAAAGAUGCUUGUUACCCUGACCUUGGCCUUAAUCACAAUUUUGACUAUGCUGCUGAACUCUGCUGUAAUUACAGCAAUUGGCACCACCAAGAAACUACACCAGCCUGCAAAUUACUUAAUAUGUUCCCUAGCUGUGACAGAUCUGCUUGUUGCUCUUUUAGUCAUGCCCUUGAGCAUUACAUACAUAGUGAUGGAUACGUGGACUCUGGGAUACUUCAUCUGUGAGAUAUGGCUUAGCGUUGACAUGACCUGCUGCACGUGUUCAAUUCUUCAUCUUUGUGUCAUUGCACUGGAUAGAUACUGGGCGAUCACAGAUGCUAUUGAAUACGCCAGGAAAAGAACGGCAAAAAGGGCCGGGCUUAUGAUAGUCACUGUAUGGACUAUAUCCAUUUUCAUUUCGAUGCCACCUUUGUUUUGGAGAAAUCAUCACAGCGUCACUAUUCCCAGCGAGUGUCGCAUUCAACACGAUCACGUGAUCUACACUAUUUACUCCACUUUUGGGGCAUUUUAUAUCCCCUUGAUGCUAAUACUGAUCCUCUAUUACAGAAUUUACCAUGCUGCAAAGAGCCUAUACCAAAAACGGGGGUCAAGCCGCCACCUAAGCAACAGGAGCACGGACAGCCAAAAUUCUUUUGCCAGUUGUAAGCUCACGCAGACAUUCUGCGUGUCAGACUUCUCGACAUCUGACCCAACCACGGAAUUUGAUAAAAUACAUGCAUCAGUGAGAAUUCCUCCUAUUGAUAAUGACCUGGAGCUGGCUGGUGACCGUCAGCAGAUUUCCAGUACACGGGAACGAAAGGCUGCUCGCAUCCUGGGACUGAUCUUAGGGGCUUUCAUCUUGUCGUGGUUGCCAUUUUUCAUUAAGGAGCUUAUUGUGGGCCUGAGUGUUCGCACGGUGUCUGCAGAAGUAGCUGACUUUUUGACAUGGCUUGGCUAUGUCAACUCCCUUAUCAACCCUCUGCUGUACACUAGUUUUAAUGACGAUUUUAAGCUGGCCUUUAAAAAGCUUAUUCGGUGUUGGGAAAAUUCUUAAAAGCACCUAAAGGUAGAUAUAACAUGACGCCCUGGCCUUAAGAAUGAGUAAAAUGAGCUGAAUUUGGCAACAUUUUGCUUGGUAAAGGGGAUUUUUGUGUUUGUCUUUAUGCUUGACUUCUCUUUGGCCUGUAACUUGUUUUGCUGUUUUCUACCUCUCAUGUUAUUAUGGUACAUAGUUUCAAACACAUUUUAUUAUAUUGAGGCACAGAAUUCUUGAGAAAAUAAACCAAAAACCCCAGUUAUCCAUUCACUUUUAAAAUAUCUUAUUUAAGCAACAAUUUAAAAAAUACAUAUUUAUAAAACAAAUGGUUGAUUUAACUUGCACUAUGACAUGGAGGUUUAAAAUCUAUAUCCACAUAAGUACUUAUCUGGUUAAGAAUAAACUCAGCUCUUGAUCAUAUCACUUAAUGAGUGCAAAGUGAGCUGUAAACCUGCAAUGUGGUAUUCAGAGAAAACCAGUUAUUUUCCUUCUGAAUGAAUGGUAAUUUUCAUCUUAGUUUAUUCCCAAAUAAACCUACUCAGAACACAUUCUGCUCUCCUUACACAACUGCUAAUCUGGAGUAAAUCCAGAUAACAGAGCAAUACUUGGCUCAUUCCUUCUAAAAAAGGAGCCUGGCAUAUACUCACAGAAAACGUUUUGUUUUAGUUGGUGCCUCUUUAAAGUCACACAGCUAGAUUCACACAGCUAGGGAACCCAGCUACAGAACUGGUCCUUAUUAUUGAAAGUGCUUCCUGUGUGGGCAAAAGAGUGGAGACGCUGACUGCCAUCUGUUUUAUUGUCAGAAGCCCUUGUCUUCCGGGCCAGGGUCCCCCCAACAUGGAGACACCAGAACAUCUGCAUUCUCUUUCCUUUUCUGAAUCACUUUAGGCAUUGUGGGGCACAGGAGACAUGUAUAUAGCAAUCUUCUGAGCCAUGACCAUAUCUGUGGCUACUGCUUCCUAAUUUCCUCCAUCGGGAAUAGAACCCUGGAACCCUUGUAUUGUUCCCAGGAGCAAAGAGGCCAAAACAACCAAUAAUCUACUCAAAUACCUUGGGAUACAGACAACACUAUCUAUCACUUGUCUGCUUAGCUAGCCUGCUUGGACGUCCAGCUUUCCUUUUACAUGCAGGGCUCAAAGGGACAAUAGGCUGUUCUCCACCCAUAGGCAGAGAAGGUAUAAGUUCCCUCAGGAAGUGGGGAGGGUCUGGUACUUCCCUGUUUGUCGAUACAAACCACUGCCAAGGUAUUGUUGGCCAUAGCUAGCACAGCCUGGCUGACAAGGUUGGGCACUAAUGCCAUUAAGGCAUAUCUGGCUGCUCUGAACUUGAAACAAUGGUUACAUUGCUGGAACUCCCUUCUUGUCCUAUAUGGACUUGGUCCCCUUGAGGAUGGCACUGGUUGUCACCACAAUGCUCUCUGACUCUGAAACUUCUCCUGCAGCUGCCAAAGCAGGGAUCUGGAACCUUUUUGGCACUGGCAUCAGGGAGUCAGAUGACUAUUUCUGGAUUUCACUCCUUCCUGGCAGGGCAGGGGUGCUAAUCACAUGGCCCUGUGCCAAGGGGGCCAGUGUGUCCACUGUUUGUCCCUAGGGCUCACACAUCAAAGAAGGGUGCUCAAUGCUUUACAUGCAGAUGGGCUCCAGAGGUGGCCCUUUGACAGAGGCUCAUGCCUUGGCCAUUGUGUCCAUACUCCCUCCUCUGCUGGUGUUUAGAGCUGCACCAGCUGUCUGAAGGGCCCCAGCUGGGCAGGGGUUGUGGGCACCUUACACAGCCAUGCCCCUCCAGUUAGACUUUCUACUAGAGGGAACCUUUCCAACACUGUAACACAGGGGCAAAUAUAGCCUGUUUUAAAUUCCACACACACCCGUUCACCUCUCUCUGCCAUGAGAAGGAGAGGGGAAAGGGACUGAAGUGGCUGCACUGGGGAGAGGCACUUCAACAGGAAAGAACCCAGAGCAUUACCUAGCCCAUUAGCAUAAGAGGUUAACCUACCAGUGCUAUCUACAGAAUGUGAAGAGCUUUACUUCUCAUGCAACAGUAAUUUCUUGAUAUAAAGUAUUAGGUGGCCUGUUCUGAUACUUGUCUAAAGAGAGAAGUCGUGCUAGAGGAUAGAAAAUUUGCUAAUCACUCUUUUCCGGCAGCUAUGGUAGGUAUGCAGGCGGCUUCCGAAACAGAUACACAAGCUGUAAAAAUUCAAGAGCUGCACAACAUUCAUUUCUUCUCACUGCGUUCUCUUCCCUCCAGCAACUGACUGCCACAACCACUCACACUACCAAUUAGUGUUGGGCUUAAGAUUUUAUUUAAUUUUAACACUCAGAUAAUUAAUAGUAAAAACAGAGGGAAACGUAACUUUCACAUUUUCCUGUUAAAUAGCUGACUAGACAUUUCCUAAUUAAGUCAUCAACUAGCCACAGAGCUACGUUUUCUAAUGAAUGAUGAAGACACCACAUUGAUGAAGAGAUCCUGUACAUUUCCCCCCGCCCCCCAGCAACCAAAGUUGAAAACAGUUCCACGGACUGUUUAUUUACAACAGUUAAACUAAGCAUUUAACUUGCUUGGAACUAAUUGAUGCAAAUAAAAACAUUCAUUAACAUGACACCACUGUUUGGUAACUUAAUUUUAUUUGUUUCAAUCUCCGUUGAUUUAUAAAGGGGUGGAGGAAAAUUGAGAAGUUUUUGCUGUGCGAUCUCUGCAACCAUUGCUUCAGGUACUUCCCUCCAGUUCCAUCCUGGAUGCUCUCCAGUCAGGCUUCCAGCCAUUCCACACCACUGACACUGCUCUCAUCAAGAUCUGUAAUGACCACUUCAUCGGCAAAUCCCAGGGCCCCCAAUCUGUCUUCAUCCUCCCUGAUUUCUCUGCUGCUUUUCACACUGUUAAUCACAUCCAUCUUCCUUCAAAAUCGAGUCCUUUUGUUUUCAUUAUAGUGUCCUUGGCUGCUUCUCUUCCUACCUCUUGUGUGAUUCUUUCUGCAUCUAUUUGGUUGGAUCCUCUCCCAUUUGUCUUUCCUACUCUCCGGGGGGAUCACACAGAUCUGUCCUUGAUUCCUUCCUCUUCACUGGCUACACUUUUCUUUGGGUGAUCUCUACUUACACAGCUUCAACCACCAUCUUUACACCACCAACUCACAAAUCUACCUUUCCACUCCUGACUGUUUCUAACCAGUCCCAUUUCUCAGCCCAUCUCUCUCACAUCUCUUCCUGGAUGUCUCUCUGCCAACCUAAAUUUAACAUGGGCCAAACAAUGCCUGAUUUUUCCUCCCAGGCCUUUCCCAAUGCCCCCAAUAUCUUCCAUUGUUAAAAGUAUUACAGUACAACAGUCAUCCAAGCCUGGUGAAGUAUACAGAAAAAAGCAAAUUCAUGAUGAACUCAAAGCAGCCAACUGGGCAUUAUAGUCCAUAACAAAACAGUUCUCUUGAUGUUAGGCCCCUGACUGGGCCAGGAUAGGACAAGGUUCUGGCUUCACAAAAAGCUAGCCCUUAGCCUAGUAGAAGCAGCCAGUCCUUUUUAUCUGGUCUGCUGGAUUCUGAUUGGCCUCUGCCUGCCCCCAGCCCUUCUAGGCACUGGAGGACCAACUCUCGCUGUUCUGCCUAGCUGAUUAUAGGAGGCCUCUCUAGGCAACCUCUGGAGAUCCAAACUCGCUAUUCUUCCCUUCCAGCAGGACACCUUUUUAUGACGGGGUGCACCAAGAGGGCAGAGCCUCUGGCAAGGGCAGCAAACGCGUGGGUACACCCCAUCACACAAUAGUACACUGAAGAUUAUCAUGCUGAUCUUCAAGGAGACAGAGAUGAUGAUGAGCCUGGACCUUUAAGAGACAGUUAAAAAGAAAACCCCUGCCCAAAAAAGCUUGAAGUAUAAAAGGCUAAUUGUUAAUAUCUCAUUACCAAUCCCCUGGGUCACCCACCCCCCUUAGUUGUCAUACACUAUUUUUCCACCUACAUGCAGCCUUUUUCCUGAACAUUUAACAAGGAGUGAAGCAAACUACUGCCAGAAUCACUGGGUUCAUUUUGACACUAGAUGUUAACAGAACAAGUAUUUUUAGUAAUUCUAUUUCCUGCUUUUACAGACCAUUCCAUUUUAUCUGUAUUUAGUUUCCAAUAUCAGAAAACAAACAGUACUACAGUAUUGACAGGAAAUACAAUCUUCCAGUACAAGCGGAGAGAUUGCUUGUGUGCUUUAUGUAGUCUGUUUAAUCACUUCAAACGUCAAUAUCAGAGAUUCUGUUUUAGUUCACAUUUUACACAUUAAGUGAUCCAUGGGAAGAAUUAUCUUAAAUUGCUCUAUUGCUUUAGUGGACAUGGUAGAUAUAGGGAUAUAUUUUAUUAGACUAGCCAAUAAUUUACAAGCAUGUAUUACAUAAGAAUUCAGCUGAAAACAAUAUUCCCUUUGUAAUUACUAUCUGUUCUAGUCCUGAGGCUGACUCAUUUUUUAAAAAAAAUUAGUUGGUUAAAUGCUAGUUUAUCAGCUGGAAAGUUAUUCUUUAAGGUGCCUAUGUGUUACCCUAAAGAUGAACAUGUGACACUGACAACAUCUACUUGUUUUUCCACAGGAACUUUUUCACUUCUUUAUAAAUUACAUGAUUAUCCAACGUGCUAAAAAUAUUAAUUCCCCUUCUCCCUACAAUCUAAUACUGCACUUGCAAAACUCAUCUCAAGAUGAAUUAAGAAUGAGGUGUCUAAUCAUAUCAACAAGAUCUUAUGAAUAAAUCAGUAAGAUUUAACAGAAUUUAACCUGGGUUCUAGCCCAACUAUGUAAUUCAAUAGGGACCACUACUUAGUCAUUGUGGAUCUGAUCCAAUGCUCAUUGAUGUGAACAGAAAGAAUCCCAUUGACUUCAGUGAGCAUUAUCAAGACUUGGAAGCAUAGUUUCCUCCCAAUUAUGCCAUCUCUCAUCCUAUAUUUUUCAUGGGCAAGAUCUUCAGAUGAUAUAGCUGCAUUGAAUCAGUUGAUUUACACCUGCGGAGGAUCUUGCCCAGUGGUGACUGGAGUUUUAGUUUAUAUAUUCAUCUUCUUAAACAUUUCUACAACUAUUACUCUGAGUAAAAAUAUAACUACCAUCUCAUUGAAAAUAUGUACUGGAUGACAAUAUGAACCCUUAUUUUUAUGAUCUAAAGAAAAUAUUUUUCUUUCACAUCUUCCCCUCUUAAUCACUAAUCACGCUACUCUCAGAUUCUUUUGGUAUCUUCUUCCUCCUUGAUUUUCACACACUCCUAACUUUUAGGAGGACUAAAUCAUUAUUAAUUAUUUGUAUUACAGUAGCAUUUAGGAGCUGUAAUGAAGGCCCAGGGCCCCAUUGUGCUAAGCUAUCACAUGCUAGCUAACCCCUACCUUCUUCCUAUUGUAGCUACAGGGUAACACUAUGCAUCUUAAUUUCAGGCAGUGGAGUUGCAGGUUAGGAUCCUGUUUCUGAACCCAAACUGUACUGUUGUGUUGCUGUGCAUGUCCCAAAAUAUCAUGUAGUUUUCUGAAAAAUGACACUAUUUCAGUGGUAGUUAAGUGAUAGCCGCAUACUGUAUGUGAUUUGUAAACUGCUUUGUGAUCCUUUAGAACGAAAGGUAUAAUAAAUCAUUAACACUAACAGUGGAUCACCAUGACCCCAUACCUCUUAAAAGCUUACUCCGGUAUUUCUGUAGAUGGAAACUACAGCUCCUCUUGUGCUGCCUUCCAUGAUCUUGGAUAUCUGACACGUUAACCCUGACUGGUCUCACUUCUUCUCCCAAGAUCAGAUUCUAGUCAAUGAAUAUGACUGCAGUGAGAGAGAUGAGAAACUCUUAAAUUCAAACCUAGUUUUGAAUCUUUUGGUUUUUUCCAUGUGUGCAUUUUGAUUUUCCCACCACCACAAAAACCAACCAAUAAAAUAGGGCAGGUAAUUGUAACACAUUUUGUCCCACUCCAAUCACUGGCAUCAUGCUGUAGAGAAAACAUACAGAACAGCUACUUCACGUUUUGGAGAGUAAUUUGUCAUGCAGGAAGUUACUUCAAUUAGGCACAAGCUCCCAUGUUCUUGGGGUACUCAAAUCUUUUCAAGUACUGUAUUUUAGGACUAUAAAUGGACAUUUUUGGAUUAGAUGAGUAAAAAAAAAAAGAAGAAGACGACGACUGUCCUUUCAACUACACUUUAUAAACCACAUUACUUUCCUCAGUUCAGAAAUAAAAAUCUACCUUGGGGAGAAGGAGGGGGGAGUUCCUUUGUAAACCAUUGUUUUAUACUUAGAUGACAGUUUAAGUUGGAAUGCCGCAACUGCCAGUGAUCAGUUUUUAAAAGAGCACAAAGAAAUUCAUCCAAGACAUCACAGGGUACAAGUCUGGCAAUUUACAGAGGUGACCUUUCCAUGAGUCUAACAAGAAGUUAUUGUUUCCUUCCAAGAUUAUCCACAAUAACUUCCUCAGAGCAAUAAAAUGUUCCAGACAACUGACUCUCUUUUGUGAUACAACCAGAAAUAAUCUCACUCACUUAUAACAGAAGCAAUCUGAGAAGCUACUGGGGUGCAUGGAUAAGCCCAAACAGGCUUAUUUUUCUGCUAUAUAACAAAUCAGCCUCACACACACACUGAGAAUUUUUCCCAUUAGCUUCAAGUUUACUGGUCUCUAUUAUGGCUUUCCUUUUACUUAUGUACAUUGUAAUGCUAUCCAUCAUUUUGUUAUUCACACACAUAUUUGAGGGAUAAAAAAGUAGCAAUAACUCUUGUAUUUUGAGUUACAAAUACAGGAAGUACUCUUUCUUUUUGUUGCAGAUGUCAGAAUUUCUUUUUGUGACUAGCCAUUUAAUCUGAAGUAGCCGGGGGGAAAAAAAUCCUUCAUCUAAAUAUGGAUUUGGCUGCAGACAUUUACCUAGGAUUGCAGAAGUGGUUCCCAGGCAUGGAUAACUUUAUCUGGUGCUUAUAUACAAGUCACAGGUAACAAUCCUUCGAUUAUAUCAUGGCCAUUGUCCUACUCUCUGGUAAAGAAUGGUGUAUCUGUACCCGCUGUAUUUUCAAUAACGAUCAAUAAAAGACUGUGUUCUGUCCUAUAAUUUAAAAGAA